UUGUAUUUUCCACAAACGCGGGAAAAGGACGCGGCCGGUCAUCAUGUCAAGCUCAACCUGAACAUGAGGGAACUUCCUCCGACCGAACAAUAGGUGACAUGAGCGAGCUUCUCAAACCGAUUCUUCGGGAAAGAAGUUCGAACCAGUUCAGACAAAUGCUCUCCUCCUACACCUUUCUCUCGCCAAUCCUCGCUUCACUCAAUACACCCGUCUCUCUCCUUUGUCAAAAACCUCAAACACCAAAGCAUAGCCUUUACUCGAAAGCCAGAAAGGGCGGAGACGGAAGAUUCCAUCCCUCCUUCUCCAUAUACUUGUCUUCGACGUCGAAACGUUGCUUUUCCAGCAAUGUCUCGUGCUUUCAAGAGAACCCAGAUGGCGAUUUGCGCCAUGGCCCUUCUGGAGAACAAUGCAUAAAUGACGAUCUUCUGGCUUCUUGGCUACAGUCGUGUUCUAGUGUGACAGAGGUUCAAAAAGUUCAAGCUGCGGCGUUGAAAUGUUCAGGGAGCGGUGCUGCUUACGUUGGUAAUAAUUUGAUGUCUGCGUAUUUGAGAUAUGGGAGGUUGGACGAGGUCAGAAAGGUGUUUGACGAAAUGCCCGAGAGGAAUGUGGUCAGUUGGACUACGAUGAUUAAUGCGUGCGUUAGGUUUGGCUUAGACAGCGAGGCUUUGAGGUUGUUCCUUGAUGCUCUUGGGGAUGGGGUUCGAGCAAACUGCAAGACUUAUGUGUGUAUCCUGAAUUUGUGUUGCAGGAGGUUAGAUUUCCAGCUCGGAAAACAAGUUCAUGCCUGUGUUAUCAAGAAUGAGCAGAGAAACUUGAUUGUUGAGAGUGCUAUAGUUCAUUUCUAUGCACAGUGCGGGAUGCUUGAUAGCGCAUUUUGUGCAUUUGACCGGAUGAAUGAGCAUGAUGUGGUGUCUUGGACGACAAUAAUCACUGCUUGUUCCCAACAAGGGCAUGGAACAGAGGCUUUUUCAAUGUUUGGGCGAAUGUUAAGGGAUGGAUUAUUGCCCAACGGGCAUACUGUGUGUAGCAUUUUGAAUGUCUGUGGUGAGGAGCAGGCAUUGAAAUGUGGGAGACAGUUACACUGCAUCACAUUUAAAAGGAUGAUCAAGAAUGAUGUUUUUGUGUGGACCUCUUUAGUCGAUAUGUAUGCAAAAUGCGGGGAGAUAGUAGAUUCAAGAAAAGUAUUUGAUGCGAUGAAGAAUAGAAACACAGUGACAUGGACAACCAUGAUAGCUGGAUACGCUCGGAAUUGGCUCGGUGAGGAGGCCAUAGACCUUUUUAGGGAGAUGAAGAGAAGGAAUAUAUUUGCUAAUAACCUCACUAUUGUAAGCAUUCUCCUAGCUUGUGGUUCAAUCAAGAAGUUGGAGUUGGGAAGGGAAGUCCAUGCACAGAUACUCAAGAAAUCUAUUCAAACUAAUGUCCACAUUGGAAGCACCCUUGUAUGGUUGUACUGUAAAUACGGAAACUAUUCAUUUGCCUCCAAUGUCCUCCGCCAGAUGCCUUUCAGAGAUGUUGUCUCUUGGACAGCAUUGAUAUCCGGCUGCACACAUCUCGGGCUGGGAGUAGAAGCACUCGAGCGCUUGAAAGAUAUGUUGGAUGAAGGUGUGGAGCCCAAUGCCUUCACGUACUCAUCAGCACUAAAAGCAUGUGCUAAGCUAGAAGAUCUUUUGCAAGGAAAGUUACUUCACUCCUCCGCAAACAAGACUCCUGCCUUGUCUAACGUGUUUGUUGGUAGUGCGUUAAUUCAUAUGUAUGCAAAAUGUGGAUACCUAGCAGAGGCAUCUCAAGUUUUCGACAGCAUGCCACAGCGUAAUUUGGUAACAUGGAAGGCUAUGAUCAUGGGGUAUGCAAGGACAGGGUAUUGCCGAGAGGCUUUAAAGCUCAUGUAUCGGAUGAGAGCAGAAGGUAUUGAGGUAGAUGACUACGUACUCGCCACAGUUAUCACUGCAUGUGGAGAUUUGGAGUGGGACAAAGAACCUUCAUCCGAAUAUUGCUUGCAGUCUAGUUGACAUUUCAGCUCUUAAUGCAGUUUCCCUGGAAACCAAUUGUGCAUGAAGUAGUCAUUGGCUCCCGGAUGAGGAUAGGUAUAUCACCAUUGGCUUAGGAAUAGAUGAUAUAAAUGUUAAUGUAAUGUUGCCUGGGUCAAUAGAAAGUCUGCCAAGAAGGUUGAUUGGCCUGACUUCAAGUCCGGUAUAUCCACCCUCUUCCCAUGCAGCAGAAUCAAGGAAUGUGUGAAGGAGGAAGUGGGGCAUCGAACUCCUCAACAUCAUAUUAUUUGCCAUCUCCAGGAAAUGUCAAAGCUCUGCAAACAUUGGAGAGCCGGGUGUGCAGGUGGCUGAAGGAAAAGGAGAACUGACGACAUAUAAAUAACAAGAAAAUUCAUUUGUCACCUGGAAUUUAUUGUGAUCGGUACAUAUCUGUAUCGAUUAAGAUGCAGAUGUGCAGUUGUA